AUGAUUUUUCUCUUUUAUCAUCUUUUCUAUGUACAUAUCUUGUUCCAAUCUCUGAGCUUCUCCAUUGUCUUGUACCAACCAGUUUCAUCUUUUGUUUGUCCUAUUUUCUUUCUCUUGAUUCGUCCCUUCUCCUUUGAAGAUAAUUUGACAACUAAUCAGCUGCGGCCCUUGGGAUGCCUCGAGUAUAAUUCGCUGAGCCAUCUGCGUCCUGACCUGCCUCGUCUGGAGCAUCCAGCCACUUGGAUAAACAAGCGCUACAGCUCGGAGGACAGGCUUUGCUCGGUUCCCAAGUCGAGCUCCCGAGGCCUGUUAAGUUCGGCGAGCGCUGGCGACCCCGUCUUGACCACAACCAGAGGCAGAGCUGAUGGGCGCGCUGAGAGCUCAGGUGCUAAAUGUACGGACCGAUACUCAACCAAGACUGGCAGACUGAUACCUGCUACAGGCGUCAGGACGACAGGUUUCAGGCAAUCCAAGGCAGGUUUGCUUAUUAUUGGACGACGUCUCUACCUAGAUACUCACGAGGAGACCAAGUAG